AUAAAAACACGCGACAUUCGGUGAGCGCAUUUUUGUUCUGCUUCAAAAAUUGUUACAAAAAUGUGGAUUUUUGUGUAAAAUAAGUACAUUUAGUGCAAGUUUAAAGUUGUUUCUACACCACUGUUACUGUUGCAAGUGAUUUGUGAUUGCAUAGCAUUGGAAAAUGGUCAAAACCACCAACGGGGAAACCCCUUCAAAGAAGGGGUUGAAAAUGGUGCUCAAAAAGUUCCGAGAGCACACCAAAAAUCCGGAAAUCUUCCUGUCCGCCCAAACGGCCCGCGCGGAAAAGAUCAAAUCGUUGGUCAAAUCCCUGUACGAUCAUGGGCAGUUGGUGGAAUUGACCGGCACGGACAAGCGCCGGAACGCCGUUUUCCUGGACGAGCUGAUCGUCGACGAGAUGGAUGAGGAGCAGAUCUGGCAGCAGCUGGAGCUGAAGAACGAACAGCUGCUGGGGCAGGAUCUGCCGGCCACUUCGAAACUGUUGUCGAUGGGAUCUAAAAGGUUGCAGCUUGGGUUUAAGUCGGAGGAGGAUGGUGAGGAUUUGGGAGGGGAGGACGAGGAAGAGGACCAGGACAUGGGCGGGGAAGCGAGUGGGAGUGAAGAUGAGGAGGAGGAGGUUCCGGUGCAGAAGCAAAAUGGCAAGGGAAAGACGACUAAAAAGGGCAAGAAAGCAAAGCGAUCGAUUGUGGACGAUAAAUUCUUCCGGCUGGACGAUAUGGCAAAGUUUUUGGACGAGGAGGAUCAGCGGGAAAUGAGACGGCAGGAGGGCAAGCCGGACGUGGAUCCGUUGAUCGAGAUUGAUUACUUCAGUGCGGAUGUUGGAGAGGAUGAGGACGACAGCGAUGAAGAGGACUUGAAAUAUUCCGAUUUCUUCGAUGAUGAUGAGGAGGGCGAUUCCGAUAAUGAGGAACAGGACGAUGAGCAGGAUGAAGAUGGCGAACAAGAUCAGGAAAUGGAAGAAGAAAGUGGUUCCGAAGCAGAAGAAGGCAAACCUGAAUCCGAGGAAGAGUUGAAUUCUGAGGACGAAGUGGAACGAAAUCGUCGAUUACGGUUCGAGCUGUACAACGCAUCGGGAGAUUUCCUACCUGGAAGUACCAGUAAAAAGGUUCCCAUCGAGCGGCCCGAAUCUUCGGAGAGUGAAGCGGAGCAGAAAUCCGACGCUGAAGAGGAAGAGAGUGCCGAGAAAGAAGAACGGAAGCGCGACGACGGUCCAAAGUCGUCCUUCGAGCUGCGGCAGGAGAAACUUCAGCAGCGAAUCGAGAAGAUGGAAAAUCAACUGCUCGACGCCAAACCGUGGCAGCUGAAGGGAGAGAUCUCCGCCGACACGCGCCCGCAAAAUUCCCUUCUCGAGGAGGUGCUUGAGUUUGAAUCGACAACGCGACCGGCGCCGGUAAUCACGGAGGAAACGACUAUGCGCCUCGAGGACAUCAUCCGGCAACGCGUCAAGAACAAGGCCUGGGACGACGUCGAACGGAAGGUGCGGCCACCGGAUAACCCUCGCGAGUACCGCAAGCAACUCGUGCUGGACGGUGAAAAGAGCAAGGAGUCGCUGGCACAAAUCUACGAACGGGACUACCUGAAGCAGCUCGAGAAGGCCAACCCGGAUGCCGCCGACCAGGACGCCUCCGAGGAAGAGUCCAAAGAGCAUCGUCAGAUCCGCGCUGCGAUGAAGACCCUGCUCGCCCAGCUGGACGCCCUCUCAAACUUCCACUACACGCCAAGGCCGGCCGUCCCAGAGCUCAAGAUAAUCACAAACACCCCGGCGAUCAACAUGGAAGAGGUCGCACCGGUGGCCACCAGCGACGCCACCCUGCUCGCCCCCGAAGAGGUGCACAACCGGCCAAAGGGCGACGUCAUGAGCAAGGACGAGCGCGCCCGGGCUGACAAGAACCGCGAGCGACGGCUCAAGAAGCGCUUCCAGCGGGAGAAGUUCGAGCGCCAGGCGGAAAAGGAGCAAAAACUGCUCGAGAAGGGCAUCAAACCGCGGGGCAAAGAGCAGCAGGAAAAGCUGCUCAAAAAGGUGGCCAAGGCGAAGAACGUGUCGACGAUGGUCGAAGGAAAGGGCGCCACGUCCAAAUCGUCCACGGCGUUCUUCUCCCAGCUGCAGGAUGAGGUCAGCACGCAGAUCAAGGGCAAGCUGGCCGGUCAGAAGAAGGCCAAGAAGAAUGGUGGCGCGGCGGGACUGCAGGCGACGCACGUCAAGUUGUAAGAGCUGUUGUAAGUAAAGAGAUGAUUACUUUAUAAAAUUUCAACUUUAGUUAGGAA